AUGAGGAAGCUAGUGGUGAUACUGAAAUCGGAAAGCGAAAACGCGGACAACUACGGAACACUGCUGGAGAAGCACGGUUUCGUGCCCGUGUUCAUACCGACGCUAGAAUUUUCCUUCAAAAAUUUGGACGUGUUGCGGGAUCACUUACUGUCGCCUUACAAGUACUCAGGCCUUAUCUUCACCAGUCCCCGCAGUAUAUCGGCGGUCCGCGAUGCGGUUCAAGGCCAGAAGCUGAAGGACGAUUGGAAAACGCUGGAAAACUACAGCGUUGGUGAGACAUCGCGGGAACUAAUCCAGCGAACGCUUGACCUCGACACGAAGGGCCACCAUUCGGGGAAUGCUAGCAAUUUGGCCGAUUUCAUCAAAACCGAUCUGUACAACAAAACCAUCACUAUGCCGUUCCUCUUUCCUUGUGGCAAUCUCAAACAGGACGUGCUGCAGAACAAGCUGUCCGAGUACGGCUACUCGCUAGAUUCGGUGGAAGUGUACGAAACGGUACCACACCGGGACUUGGAGCGAAACCUGGUCGCACUGUUUCGCGGCGAUCGAGAGGAGAAAAGUGAUCGGACGAUCGACAGUUUACUCUUUUUUAGCCCAUCCGGUAUCAACUACUGUGCGCACGUGUUUGAAAAGCAUCGGAUCGAUCUGACCGGCAAACGGAUCAUUGCGAUCGGCCCCAGCACGAAAAAAGCGAUCGAGAACAAAGGCAUUACGGUGCACCGAACGGCGGAGAAACCGUCGCCCGAUUACGUCGUCGGUGCUCUGCUUCAGGACACUUAA